CUGACCAGCGCCCAAUUCGCCCAAAUAAGCGUUCCACUUAAAAAAUUCGUCCACAACGCCCGCGUCAUUUUUUGCAUUAGUGGAACGGCAAUUUCAGAGGUCGUGGGCGUUGACGUUGUGGGCCUUAGGUGGAACGCAUCCAUAGAAUUUUGACAACCAUUUAACCUUGAACUUGAGAAAUAAACAAAAACAAAGUGCCAAAAUAAACCGCGUUGAAAAACGAUUCCUAUUUUAUUCAUUUUAAACUUUACUAAAUACUACUAUCCUUUAAGCUUCUUGAAGAAUGUCCGUUAUAGCGAUUGCAGUAGCAGCAGAAAGUGGAGUACCUAUAUUUUCAAGAAAACGCGGCAACAAUGAUAAUAUUCAAUUCUCAACAAUUGCAUCACUUCACGGAAUUAACAUGUUCACAAAAUGUCACAACUUAUCCCUUUUAAAUACUAAGGUUGACAAUGGCACAAUACUUUGGAAGGAAUAUUGUAAAAGUAUAACAUUGAUUGGAAUUGCAACAGGUGGUCUUGAAUGUGACUUGGAACUUCUCCUUUCUUGUAUAUAUGAUUCAUUAGUUUUCUUUAUUGGAAAAAAAGAAUUAGAAAAUUUAAAAAAUAUUGAUCAAAUUAAAAGAGACCUACGGCAAUGCUACCCAAUCAUAGACUAUCUUUUGGAAUCACUUGAUCCAAAUUCAUUGCCUCGCUCAACAAUUGUGCUGGAUUCCAUUCAAAGUAUACUUUGUCCCCAAGCACAACAGUUACAGCAAGUAUUAGAUAAUUAUGCCCAAACUGUAACAGGUCGCUGGGCGUGUUUAAGUAUACAUGGACACUUAGUCGCAACAAGUUCAGAUUUUUGUGAAUUAGAUGCAAGAGAAGCAAGAUUACUUCUGUUGCUUGCAGCGGCACAAGAUGGUGUCCCAUUAAGGGAUACUCUUGUAUAUUUACCCCUAAUGAGUCCUAAUGUGGCCUUUAGAGCAGUAACAUGCAAACUUUUAGCAGAUGUUUAUGUUCUGGUGAUUUGUGGAGCAACUCCACCUUUAUCUCAAAUAGAUGAAAUAGUUCUGCAAUGCUGGGAAGGAUAUGCCCAAAUUAUAAAGGAAGCUAAACUGGUGUAUCCGAGAAAUUUUCCAAUGAGUGUCUCUUUCGACCCUGCUCUUAUAGGAGUACUAUUAAUAAAUAUAAACAAAAGAAGAUGUGUGUUUUCUCGACAUUUACAUGGAUCCAAUCAAAAGAGUCGCGUCAUGUCUGGAGUUCAUCGUAUAGACAUAUUGAGAACUUUCUUCAUAACAACAGCAAGAGAUUUAGCACCAGAAUUAAAAGUAGAAGGGGAUAAUAAAGAUAUUCUUGAUGGAACAGUAAGUGAAACAUACUGGUGUUCAGAAUACCACAAAUGUCAUGCACAAAGAUCAGGGAAUUAUUUGUGCUGUGCUCUAUAUGCACCAACAGUUCCUAAUCAUACAAUGAGGUUAUUAACCAACCAAAUACUUCAAGAUAUAUCAACAAAUAAAGAGAUCUUCUGGUAAAUUAUUUUAAUUUUAACAGAAACUUAUCCGUCCAUUAUAUUGUUAUUAUAUAAAGUAAAGCAAUAAAACAACAUUUAACUAUUGUAGCAUUAUUUAUUUGGGCAAUCUUCACUAAAAACACGUAUAUUCCGUAAUAUCUAAAGUAUGGUCUUAUUAAAAUAA